CUUUCUUGUAGAUAUACUGUAUCUUUAGAUCGAGUCCUUUCUUUUGUUAGUUUGUGUUUCUCCUGUAAUGAGUUUUGAUAUCUUGAUUAAUUAUAUUUUUAUUUCUGCGUGUCAAUCAAAUUCUAUGUAAAUAUGUCAUUUUGGCCUGGUAAAGGUCUCUUUGUAAAUCGAAAUAAGCGAAUUCAGAAAGUUCGAGUGAUCUGGAGACCUCCGGAAAGAUCUGAUACUAACAGUAAUGGCGCUAGUCAAACGGAGCAACAACCAAAUAAUGCUAGCUCAGUAUCAGAGAAAACUGGUACUAAUGGAUUGUCAAAUGAUAAUCUAGAACCAUCUCUUAGCGUUGAUAAUCAGGACAAGAAAGAUGUGACUAAUGUCGAUGCUGGUCGAACCAGGAGGAAGAGAAGAAAUCUUAAGUCCCCGAGUGACCAUUCAAGCAACUCUAAUGACCAAAAACGGUUAAAUGGUAAACAUGAAAAUGGCGGGAAAGGUAAUGGGGAAAUCAAUGGUGAUAAGAAUGCUAGUGAUGCAAGUAAUGAUGUCAUUACUAUUAAGCGAAAAUUAACAAAGAAAAGAUCUGAUCAUAAGACGAAAACAUCUAAAGAUGUAAUUCCUGUGAAUAAUGCCUUAGAAAAAGGCAACCAAAAUGGUGAUGGACUCAUAAGACAAAUGGAUGAUGAUGAUGAUGAUUGGGAUGGAGUUCGUGACAGUAUUGGUCCAAUGACUCGCUGCUCGUCGUCAUCUUCAUUAUCUUCCUCUUGUUCUAAUCACUCAUUGAUUAAACAUUAUACUAACGUUAUGAUGAAUUGCUGUGAUAACCAUUUCAAAGAAGAUUGUGAUAAUGUAAGGAACAAAAUUGAACGAAUAUUGAAGGCUCAUUGGAAAGACCGACUAAAUCGUGUAAAGGAAAAAAGUACGGCUUUAAAUGGCACUCUAAAUGGCAACUCUAAUGGGCAGCCUAAUAGUCAACCGCCAAAGCAGGCACCUCAGGUAAACUCAUUUGCAUUUGAGCUGCGACCUGCUCGAUUACCCCUGAAUAAAAAAACCUGGUCCAAACUGCGAAGAUCUAAUCAAAAUUCCGAUUGGCUGUUAAACAGUGAAUCUUAAUCUCAACCAUCUCAAUUCUUUUAUUCUCAUUUAUCUACUUGAAGACUAUUUUAAAUUGAACUCAUUUCUUAAAUUAUAUCAUUGAUAGGAAAUGAUAAAAUAGUUAAUAUUUUCUCGCACUUUUAGCUGCAUCUCUGAAAUUCUUGCUGCAUUUAUACCUGUUAAGUAAUUAUAUGAUUAUAAUUAUAUCAUAACAUUGCUUACUUUCAUGUAAGCACAGAAUUUUAUUAAUUUUAACUUUAUUCACUUUGCAUUUUGACUUAAAUGUUUUUCUCGAAAAAUUAAAUCCUUUUGUAAGGGCCUCUGAGUGCCUUCUCAU